AUGUGGCUGACCGAACUGCUGAUUGCCGGCUGUCUGGCCGCCGUUUUCGGCCUGCGCCUAAAUGGACGCGAGAACCGCGCCACCCGGAUGUCGGUCGUGGAUUUUUGGCAAAACGAGACGGAGGGCGACGGACUGAACGUGAAGGUGGCGCACGCGAUCAACUCGUGGCCAGAUCUGGUCGGACAAUUGCAUGAACCCUUCCUCAACAAGUCGCUGAUGAUCGAGGGUGAUGUGUUCUUGCAGGCCCACCGUCGUCCCCGCCAUCGUACGAUCCCCGUGAUGCAGUCCCGGAAUUCGAGGAUGGCCGACAGGAUCACGUUUCGAGACUGGCUACGCGAGGUGGCGUCGUUGAAGAAGGCGAUAAAAAUCAACUUCCGGACAACAGAAGUGGUGCGCCCUGUGCUACAGUAUCUCUACGCCAGCCAAGCGGAUCCUGACAGCCCGAUUCUAGAUCGGCCCGUUAUCUUGCAUGCAAAUGUGUUCCGAUCGGCGAGAUCGAUUGAGCCAGCCGUCGACCCGGCCCUCUUCGUCGAGCGUACCCAGACCCUAUUUCCGGAUGCGACCAUCUCGCUGGGGUGGACACGACAGCAAAAUGUCAGCCAGCUCAAGGACAAGUACAAAAAGCUCACCUGGCACUCGCUCUUCAUGAUCCUCGAGCACAUUGCCAAGCUCGAUCAGCCGGUGAUGCUCUCCGUUCGGCUGUCUGUGGCCCAACACUCUGCCGAGCAGCUCGUCUGGCUGCUGGGCAUGGACAAGAGCGUGUCGCUGCUCAUCUGGAGCGACGAGGAGGACCAGAUCACCAACUGGGACAGCCUGGUCGAGCUGCGCCGGGAGUCGACCCGAAAUCGGAUCGUCUACGAUUUACUACCCCGGCAUCGGGACCAGUUGAAGAACAUGCCGCCCAAGGAGGUCGAGCAACAACCCCGCUUCGACUUGGCCGCCUGGCGCUCCGUCGAAUUUCCAUCCACCUCCGCCACGUUGUCAGGAGUUGUUCGGAGUGAAAAGGGCCCGGCCUUCAUCGGGCAACCCGUGGCGCUGCUCGUCUCCCAGAAGACGCCGCCGACAUUCCCUGACGAGCAGUCCGUUGAGGGAAAGGUCCAUUUUCUCCCCAAAACGCACGCGCGCGACUUGGAGCUGGAAGAAAAUUCGGGCCUUUCCAUCCAUCUGCUCGACCGUAUCCAAGAUUUGGACUCGCCGAAAAUCGAUAAGGGCAUUGAGAUCCUAAUCAGUUAUGGCGGGACGAUAUCGAUCGAUAAUCGGCAGAAAAUGCAGAAUCGGAAAUACUAUGAGGCCAAGUCGAUCGGUCAGCUGCCGGCCAGCGAUUGCUACGGCUUCAAGGUCACCGACAAGGGCUGGAAAGUGAUCGCCGACGUGUGGACGGAGCCGUGCCCGGGGCACCGCCGGAAAAAGCGUGAAGUCAUGCACAUCGAGCUCGACACACCGUUCCAGAAGGGGCGCCCGCUGCGGAACGUGGUGGUCGCGAAGCAAGGGGACGAUUCGAUCGACUUCCUGCUGGAGGCUUUGCAUCAUUCCUCCGCCCCAGCCAUUCAAAUAUUCACCAUUCUUUGCUUAUUCCUGUUUUUGCGGUUUUUC